AUGAAUCCCGAUGAUGCAUUGGCUUUUUAUUCUCGAUUUAUGGACAAAUUGCGUUCAUCUUAUAAUCAUGAAAAAAUUAAGUUGCAGGACGGUCGUUUUGCCGCUUUUAUGAAUGUUGAGAUUGUUAACGACGGGCCGGUUACCAUAAAUUUGGAUAGCAAAAUUAGGGAUUGA